CUUCACUGAUGGGUGCAGCAUGGGUGACAGAAUCCUCCUGGGAUUCCCUUUGACAUCAGUGCUGCCAGGCUGGAGGUUGAAAUGCUCUUUUAUUCAUCUUGGUCGUUGGGGGAGCACUUUAGAUUUUGGGAUGGAUGUAAGACAGAAGCAGGUGCUGUGUGAGGCCUGGGGAUUCCCUUAUGCUCAGUGCAUUAUUUUGAAGAGUUCAGUAGGGAUUGCUUGUAUUGUUUUAGAGUUAGGUGGGAAAAUGAAAUGGAAACAGCACUUCUUCAGUGUGGGGAUGACUCUAUAAACUGGCAUGUAAAAUCUGAGGGAGAAGGGAAGAUUUCCUCUUCUCUAAAUUGCCCUCUUACUGGGACUGGAGUUCAGGAUUCCCAUUCUGACUGCCACAGUGAUGUGUUGCAUCUCUUUUAGCAGCGUUGUACUUCAAGCCUCUCUUGGAAGAUUUUUCUCUAGCAGAAGGAUUUAGGUCUUGAAGACGAUGCCUGUGGGAUUUCAGAACUAAGUAGUCUGAAGAUUUUCCAAAGAAUGGAUUUGUUUGGCUUUAGGAAGCUGCACGUCUGAUAUGAAGACCGUGGGGAGCAGCCACAUCCUUGGGGUGUUGUGCUGCACUUUCUAUCUGCCUUUCGUAGCUUCCUUUGCUAAAAUCACCAUCCCGGCAGAACUCAGCACAGCUGUAGCAGAAAUUGCUGUCAAUGCCACAUCCUGCAGCGUCACCUGUGGCCCGGGCUUCAAACUGGAGGAGAUCUGUGAGAUGACUGCUGCUGGGGAGAAGAGGAAUUGCAGCCUCCGCAGGUCGGGCUGCCUGACCAGCUGGGCUUGUGGCUUGCUCCACUUCACCGUCCCGGUGGGCAAACCCUUCCAGAUGAACUGUUUGAACUCAGCUGAGAUCGGGUUUGGUACUCAUGUCUAUUUCUACACGUGGAAGUUUGCCCAAAGCCUCAUCACCACCAACGAUGUCCUCUUCAAACCCUUCCGAAACCCUGGCUCUGCCAUCAGCUUUUCCCCCACCAGGGAGUCUGAUGCUGGGACCUACAGGUGUGACAUGCAGAUGGUGAAGACCUUCAGAGUCAUCAAAAGGAUCUAUUUUGGGGUCAGAGUGAUCCCCAGUGAACUGGUGGAUCUGAACUUCCAGAAAUCCUUGACUUGGGAGCAGAAGUUAACAGCAAGCAAAGAGGAAGGGAAGGCAGCAAAUGGCACCCAGGAAGAAAGGGAAGAGCUGCAGCCCUGCUGGCAGGGGAGGUUGUUUUAUGAGUUUAUGGUAGGGAUUGGGAGUGGGGUGACAGGGGGGGUCCUGGUGGGCAUGGUUCUCUGCUUUGUCCAGAGGACUAUGCAGAGAGUUGCAAAUAAAUUACCUGAGCCUUAA